CAUCCGCGUCGACUUCCAGCCCACCUGUCGGUGAGCUUACGCCAUGAGAGCCCCCCAGCACGAUCAGAUGAAGGACACCCAGGGGUGAGGGUGACGGAGAAAUCGGGAGCAUCUCCAAAUAGGCAAGAUUCGGAUGAGAGCCGCAAAUCGGGGGAAUCAAAUGUGCAAAAAUGGUUUAACAACUCAAAUUCUCGGCCGGAGACAGGCUACACUCAUGUUGCUGACGAGGCCAUAACCGCAGACGACCCGCCUUAUUUUGUCCCUCACACUAGUUCAAGCACGUCCAACAACGAUGUCCCAAUAUCUGGAGUUCCUAGGAGGUACCUCCUACAUGGAGGCCGAGCUAUGACCCAAGCCAGCAGCGCAGACGAUUUCAGAAGUGUGAUCGAUGAUCUGACAAUUGAGAAUAAGAAGUUGAAAGAGCGAUUGAGACGAUAUGAGAGAUCACAGCCUCCACAAUUGGAAAAGGACAAAAUGUUUGAGUUGAAGAUUCAUGGUCUACCCCCGCGACGACGAAGAGAGCUAGAAGAUGUUCUGAGGCAAUUUGCGUCGAGUAUCGAUGAAUCAGCCGACGAAGAUGCCAAACCCGCAAGGAAUCGUCGUUAUCCACCGUUUGCCUCCCUCAAACCGCAGACAUCAAGCUCUACUACGAACCCAAAACAUACUCCUUCGUCUUCGACUUCAAAUUCUCGUCCGAACGAUUCCGCGUAUGCCUCCAUGUCAAUCUCAGGGCCAACCUCUACGUCUACCUUAAAUCUAGUUCCGGAGAAAAAGGGCUCACAACCUCGAGUGGCCAGGGAACAGAAUAUCCAAUCUUUCCUGCAUAACAUCCCUGAAGGUCUUUUGCCCAAGCAUUCUCCUGUCAUGACCGAGAGACAGAAGAAAAAGAUCGUAGUUCAACGUCUAGAGCAAUUGUUCACUGGGAAGAGAGGUGCAAAGGCUGGGCAGAAUAGCCAACCCCUUCAGCAACAAGAGGUAUCGAAUUCUGCAGCCAGAGCUGAUCAGGCCGCCCGGAUCGGUCCCCUCGAGGAGGAAGGCUCAAGAGAGGCACAUAUACUUGGAAUGGAAAUUGACUUCGAGCCUGGAAAGCCAUCCAAGCUAUUGGCCGAUUCGAGUUCCGGAUCGCGAAUAUUGACUGAUUCCUCGGACGAACAAUCACCGGAGCGGUCAAGUCCUAAGCAGAGGCCAACGAGGCCACUUGAUCUGGACCCUGAUCGAGCACAGAUCCCUUCCGAGAAUGUGGAGUAUAUCCGACAUCUUGGCUUAUCAACGCCAAGGUUGAUCACUGAAAAUUCCGCUGAUGUGGCUGUCGACGCAGAAGGUUGGAUCUAUCUGAAUCUCCUCGUCAACAUGGCCCAGCUUCAUAUCAUCAAUGUCACUCCCGAAUUCGUCCGAUCAGCAGUGUCGGAUGUGAGCGAAAAGUUCCAGAUCUCACCGGAUGGGAAGAAAGUCAGAUGGCGAGGGGGAUCAGAUGGUACCCGCAUGAGCAGUGACAGUGGUGAAAGUAGUGUUCGUAAUAGAUCGCCUCAAGAGAGUAUCGAUGGGCAUAGCUGCAGGAAAAGACGCAAAGUUGAAGUUGGCAAGUUUGCAUCAGCACCGAUCGAGGUGGACGAGCCUUGCAUGCCUCUCGAGAGCUCAGAUCCCUCUUCUUCUUUCCAUUACAAGCCUCUCUUCCGCCACCAAAAUUCAUCAUCCGGAGGCAUGAUAUCAACGGACGAAAGCGAUUCCUCGUUUGGCUCAGGACCAGAAAUGGAUGGUGCUUUAAAACGAGGACGAGGCGCACACGCAUGGAGUGGCGUCUCCCAUUCGAUUGGAUCGAAGAGGAGACGUCGUGACGACGGGCCAAUGGUAUUCUACAAUGGUGCCAAGUUUUGCACAGAUCUAUCUGGAGACCGAGGAAAUAUUUUGACACCGCUUCACGUUUUCGGUAUCGGUAAAGAUGGCUACAGUAACCAAGCACAGGCUGCUCUUGGUUCCACUGUUCAGAAAUCAACUCCAGGAUUUACUCGUACGACAUCAGGCUCAAUGCUACCGUAUAGGCCAUUCAAGGACUAUUCGAAAGGCAAUGAUCCAUUCCAGACCGAAGAGAACCGACCUAAAACACCAGAAUUGUUUGACGACGAGUCGGAAGAUGAACAAUUUGUGCUCAAGAACCCUCCUGGAUCAUCUUCGAAUGCUCUGCAAGAAUUUGAAGCGAGUGGCCUCGGUGGAGUUCAACCAUCAGAUCAUUUUGCGGUUCAUGUUCAGACACGACGCGGGAAACUCGAUGAAGCCAGUCAUCCGAAGCUUUCCCGGUUCUCGAGGUUAUCAUCCCCAGGUAAAGCUCCAAGGAAGUUUCUUCAUGGGAUUUCAAAAAAGUCCAUCGAGUCGUUUCAAGAAGCAAGUCCAGAAGAGGCGAUUACAGACCGGCUUGCCAUGUGGCCGGGAUUCUCGUCACCACCGCGUAAAACUGAUGUGGCGGCUGACGUUGAUGUGGUCCAAACUGAAAUCUUAUCAGCGAAAUACGUCCAACUGCCACCCUCGCAGCUUCCGCCGCCUGUUGGCUGGGUUGCAACUAUGGAUUCCCAAGAUGAAGACGACGAUGACACUGACUCUUCCAAUGCUAGCAGCUCCUCGGCGGGGAUUUCUCACCUCCGCCGCGACAUGACAUUCUUGCAUGAACCUCAUGGCUCAUACGGCCAAGGAAUAAACGAUAUGAACGACCCAGACCUUGCGGAUGACAGUGAUGGAGCGGAAGGAACGUCGGAAACAGACAGUGACAUUGACAUGCUUGCUCAGGUUCGGCAGGUCGAUCCUUAUGUGGUUGCAGAGCAGGAGCGAGCAUUCGCGAUGCAGGUUGAUGAU